UAAUAGACCGAGUCCACGCCACGCGGACGCUCCUCCCACUCCUCUCUUGCCCGCCCGUCCCCGGUCCCCGUCGUCCCUCUCCCUAGUCCCUCCCCUCGUCCGUCGUCCACCUCUGCCACUACGAGCUCGUCCCCGUCUUGUUUCGUCUCCUCUCGUCUCGUCACGCGAGAUAUUUCUACGGGACGGGACCCGCGUUGCUUCCCCGCCUCGCCGUCCCGCGCGCGCCAGCCGGGCCCGGGGAAGCCAUGAACUGCCUCCAGAACCUGCUCAAGGAGCCUCCAAUCGUGGGGUCCAGGUCGAUGAGGCGGCCCUCUCCGCUGAAUCUGGCGAUGGUCCGCGGCGGCAGUCGCCGAUCAAACACCGUCAAAACUUUGCAGGCCCCUGGGGCGUCCACUUCCGGUGCCGAGAGCAGCGCCGUGGAGAUGGGCACCGAGAAGUCCGAAGUGUACAGCACUAACAUGACGCAGGCUAUGGGAGCAGCGUUGACAUAUAGACAUGAACUCGGGAUGAACUACAAUUUCAUACGCCCAGACUUGAUUGUAGGAUCCUGCUUACAGAGUCCACUUGAUGUUGAUAAGCUUCGGAAGAUUGGUGUCAAAACUGUAUUCUGCUUGCAGCAAGAUUCAGAUCUUGAAUAUUUUGGAGUCGACAUCCGUGCCAUUCAAGAUUAUUCUCUACAAUUCAAAGAUAUUGUGCACUGCCGUGCGGAAAUUAGGGAUUUUGAUGCUUUUGAUUUGCGAUUGAGGCUUCCUGCUGUGGUUAGCAAAUUGCACAAACUUAUCAACUGUAAUGGUGGUGUAACAUAUAUACAUUGUACUGCUGGACUUGGAAGAGCUCCUGCUGUUGCAUUGGCUUAUAUGUUCUGGAUUCUUGGGUACAGUCUCAAUGAAGGACAUCGGCUGCUACAGAGUAAAAGGGCUUGCUUUCCGAAGUUGGAAGCCAUUAAGUUGGCAACUGCUGACAUUCUGACAGGAUUAUCCAAAAACACAAUCACUUUGAAGUGGGAAGCUGAUGGUUCUUCCUCUGUUGAAAUUUCUGGGCUCGACAUUGGCUGGGGUCAGAGAAUUCCUUUGACAUAUGAUGAGGAGAAAGGAGCUUGGUUUCUUGAGAAAGAGUUGCCUGAAGGACGGUAUGAAUACAAAUACGUAGUGGAUGGCAAAUGGCUAUGCAACGAGCAUGAGCUGAUAACGAAACCGAAUGCUGACGGCCACGUGAACAACUAUGUUCAGGUCUCCAGAGACGGCACGAGCGAUGAAGAGAAGGAGCUUAGGGAGCGGUUGACUGGUCCGGACCCUGAUCUCACGGACCAGGAGAGGCUGAUGAUCAGAGAGUACUUGGAACAGUACGCGGAUGCCGCCGAGCGCUAGGAGAAGAAUGAUGAUGACUGAGGAAGAGAAGAGACACACCAUGAGACGACGGACCGAAGCCGACCUGACCGCACCUUCCUUUACGGAGAGGUCGGGCUUCCCCUCUCUUGUCAAUCAAAUACUCGUAGCUUAACCGUGCAAAAGGGCACGUUCUGCUCGCAUACUUGGAGAAUGAUGAUGAAGGAGCAAACUGUACGUAUUGUUGAACAGCAGCUGUGCAGAAAUAACAAAGGUAGUAGCGUAAAACUACUGUACUGACCAUAAUGUUACUACUGUAUGCUCCUUCUUGGCUAUGAAUAAUAAUAAUAAUAAUAAAAGAGUAAAUAAACCUCA